AUGUUAUCUGAGUUGGUUACCGCUCGUAACGGUAUUGUUGUGAUCACAGCCGAUCAUGGUAACUGUGAGGAGAUGAAGGACAAGAAGGGCAAUAUCAAGACCAGUCACACCCUUAACGCGGUGCCGUUCCUCAUCGUUGAUCCCAACUGUAACGGCAGAUAUGUCAUCAACGCCACGCAGGAUCCCGACAUCGAAGAACCUUUCGCCGGCCUUACCAACGUCGCGGCAUCUCUUUGCAAUCUUCUUGGUUACGAACAGCCCCCACAUUAUCGGAAAUCAUUGAUCGAGUUCACGGGUUAA